UUUCCACUCGGAGGUUUGGCCAUGCACACACUGCGCUGUACGCAUAGAUAUCGAUAUCUGCCCUUGACCUGCCGUAGAUGUUUGCAGCCAAGUCAACGCGACCUCUGCCAUGCGCGUGUAAACACCCAAGCUCCGCCUUCAGUUCCGAACCAGCCAUGAAUUGCCAUCCCAUCAGCAGCAGUACUAGAUGCAUCACUCGCAUCUCCUGCCCUGCCGUGCAUCGUGGAAAUGCCGGUGGGUCGUCACUAGCUAGCCCCAAUGAAGAUGCUCAAAAGCCAAGCUUGCCCAGCGGUGCAUGGGCGACUAGCCCUGGAGAAGGGUGCAUGUUCAUUGCUCACAUCUGUUGCUCAGCCUCUCAGCCCUCUCUCCUGCCCUCUUCCUUUCCUUCUUCGCGCGAGGUUGCUGAUGCUAUCGGCCUCUGAAAACUUUUUUGUCCUUUUCCUGUUGCUGCAUCUCUGCCCGUAUUGUCUUCUCCCGGUUCGCGCGCUGCAUCUCUCCGUGAGACCCUCCUCUUCGUAUCCGUGCCCUCGCUCAACCAGCCCACCCACCGCUUCACCCCCGUAAAUACCCUCCGCGAACGCGCGCGCCCUACGUACCCGCCCACCCAUUUCCCAUCCUCCGCCAGUUCCGCGUAGCUAAACCUCAACUUCAACCCGCCUUUGCACAUCUCCACGGUCGAAACGGGAAUAAUCUCCUCGCCCGUCUUGCUAUUAAUUUUGCGGCGGAUGCGGUAGAACCUCAACCCGUACCUGCACAAUCAUGGACGAGUGGAGAAAUCCAAAGCUCCCCGAGCGCCUGCCCUUUUCUAAAAAACGCCUAUCCAAGAGGGUCAUCUUCUCCUACAUCAGCGACUAUGUCAUUAUCGUUGCCCUCGCCGCCCUGUUUGUCCUCGUCGACAAGAUCGAACCGUUCCAUCAGCCAUUUGAGCUGACAAAUUAUACUCUCCAUUAUCCUUAUGCGAAAAAAGAGCGUGUUACUGUCAACAUGGCAGGAAUCAUUGCCAUUGGUGGCCCCAUGGUCGUCAUCGUCUUCUACACCAUGAUUAUCGACGGCUUAUUCUCCCACAAAACAUCCAUGCCUGCAGGCAGGUCAGGCGUGAAGCGCUUGACGGGCAGAUACCGGCUCAAGGAUAGAUUGUGGGAGUUGAACUGCGGACUACUCGGCCUGUUCCUUGCUGUUUCCGCUGCCUUCUCAAUCACUGGGUCUCUGAAGAAUGCUAUUGGAAAGCCUCGUCCUGAUAUCAUUGAUCGUUGCAUCGUAGAUGAAGUAAAAGCGGAAGUGGUUAGUAAAGGACGUCAGCUGGCGACAAUCGCACUUUGCAAACAGGACGAUCAACAUAUCUUGCAAGACGGAUUCAAGAGCUUUCCCUCGGCUCACAGCAGUGUGAGUUUCGGGGGACUUUUCUAUCUAUCCUUGUAUCUUGCCGCCAAACUGCACAUCCUCGACUCAAAGGGUGAAGUAUGGAAAGCAGUCAUCGUUGUCGUUCCGACCAUUGGCGCAGCUCUGAUUGCUGGUAGCCGUAUUAUGGAUGCUCGUCACCACCCUUUUGACGUUAUCACCGGAAGCCUCCUUGGAAUUCUUGUUGCAUGGGGUGCUUAUCGACAGUACUUUCCACCGAUCACAGAAACCUGGCGCAAGGGCCGAGCCUAUCCAAUCCGCAGUUGGGGUAGUGGACCUGAGCCACCUUCGACACGUCUGGCUACUGGAGAAGACGCGGAGCCCCUGAGAAGUGCACCGCUCGAUGUUGAGCGAGGAGAUGCAUCAGGGUUUUCGACCAAUCCCGUAGCUUCCGGAGGAAAUGGUGGAGGCAACGUCUUUCGAGAACAAAUAAAUCAGUCGCAGCGCCGACGACAACAGGAAGGACAGUUCAGCUUGCAACCGAGUGAUACCAUGGAAUCAACGUACUCGCAGAACUCAAAUGGGUACAGGAACCAAGCCCCCAUUUCGACUCCUUACAACAACCCGCGGAGACCGGACAAUUACGACUACUCGAGUUCAGAAGACGAUCAAGAUUACGAAUUACAACAAAGGCAGCCUAGAUCAGCAGUAGCCUACAACCCUGUUACUGGACAUACGGACACUGGGUACCAUCCGCCAUCUGGAGUCAGUCCAUCACCCACACCGCCACCGCCAGCUAGUUUUGGCAAUGCUCCAGCCCAACGUACCCGCACGGGAGACAUCGCGGCAGCGCGAAAAGAUUCUAUGCCGAUGGCCGCCCCUGCGCCGGCACCGCCUCCGCAUGCUUCGGGGACAAUGGCACAGGCAUUUUAA